AUGCUCUGCUUUUCAGAUAAUACCAUCCAGUCGAUUUUCUGUUGUUGCUGUUGCUGUUCCGUGCAGAAGCGGCAAGUGAGAACACAAAUAAGCCUGAGCAAUGAUGAAGAACUCUCAGAAAAAUACAUUCAGCCUCGCAGACAGUGGUUCAGUGAAUUGAGAAGUAAGAAGCAAUCCAACAGGAGCCGUGUGCAACCAUCAAAACGCAAACCGCUGCCUCCCCUCCCGCCCCCUGAGGUUGCUGAAGAGAAGACCCGAGUCAUGGCACUCUAUGAUUUUCUGCCCAGAGAGCCCUGUGACUUAGCAUUAAAGAGAGCAGAGGAGUACCUAAUCCUGGAGAAGCAUGAUACUCACUGGUGGAAGGCAAGAGACCGUUGGGGGAAUGAAGGCUUUAUUCCAAGCAACUACGUGGCUGAAAACAAGCUAACCAAUUUAGAAAUUUAUGAGUGGUACCAUAGAAACAUUACCAGAAAUCAGGCAGAACGUCUUUUGAGACAAGAGUCCAAAGAAGGUGCAUUUAUUGUCCGAGAUUCAAGACAUUUGGGAUCCUACACAAUUUCUGUGUUUACGAGAGAUAGGAGAAGCAUGGAGCCUACCAUCAAACAUUACCAGAUUAAAAAGAAUGACUCUGGAGAGUGGUACGUGGCUGAAAGGCACCUCUUUCAGUCAAUCCCUGACUUGAUUUGGUAUCACCAGCACAACGCCGCUGGUCUCAUGUCCCGCCUCCGCUACCCAGUUGGGCUGAUGGGCAGCUGUUUGCCAGCCACCGCUGGUUUUAGCUAUGAAAAGUGGGAGAUAGAUCCAUCUGAGUUGGCUUUUGUAAAGGAGAUCGGAAGUGGUCAGUUCGGUGUGGUCCAUUUAGGUGAAUGGCGAGCACAUCUCCAGGUAGCUAUCAAGGCCAUCAACGAAGGCUCCAUGUCUGAGGAGGAUUUCAUUGAAGAGGCUAAAGUAAUGACGAAGCUGUCCCAUUCGAGGCUGGUCCAGCUCUAUGGGGUAUGCAUCCAGCAGAAGCCCCUCUACAUUGUGACGGAGUUUAUGGAGAAUGGCUGCCUGCUGGACUACCUCAGGGAGAGGAAAGGGACGCUCAGGAAGGAGAUGCUGCUGAGCAUGUGCCAGGACAUAUGCGAAGGGAUGGAGUAUCUGGAGAGAAACUGCUUCAUUCACAGGGACUUAGCGGCAAGAAAUUGUUUGGUCAGUUCUACAAGUAUAGUAAAAAUUUCGGACUUCGGAAUGACAAGGUACGUUUUGGAUGAUGAAUACAUCAGUUCUUCUGGAGCCAAGUUCCCAGUCAAGUGGUCCCCUCCGGAAGUUUUCCAUUUCAACAAGUACAGUAGCAAAUCUGAUGUCUGGUCAUUUGGUGUUUUGAUGUGGGAAGUUUUUACAGAAGGGAGAACGCCUUUUGAAAAUAAGUCAAAUUUGCAAGUUGUGGAAGCCAUUUCUAAAGGCUUCAGGCUGUACCGCCCUCGCCUGGCACCAAUGUCCAUCUAUGAAGUCAUGUACCACUGCUGGCAUGAGAAACCUAAAGGCCGUCCUACGUUUGCUGAGCUGCUGCGGGUUCUCUCUGAGAUUGCAGAAACUUGGUGACUUGAGUGGAAUGCCAACCCAGAAGAUCGUGUCGCCAAAUUGUCUCAAAAGGAAAAGCUGUGUGGGUCACUGUUGGUGAAUAUCUUCCUUCAGAGUUGCUGCCUCUUGGAAACAUUAUCAAGAUCACAGGCUUCCCAAAUGUUUUAUAAAAUUUAAGAAUAUCCUGACAACAGAUUUCCUACAUGUUUGAGAGGGACUUCUAAACUCUUCAUUCUUCAUGCCCUAUUUAUGAAAAUGGGACAAAUGCUCUAUCGCAUUUAUAAGAAUAGCCCUGAGAACCCCUGAGGGUUCAUGGAAACGUGAUUCUUUGAGGGUGGAGGGAAUUUAUUUCCUGAAGAGGAGUGACACUCUUUACGUCAGUCAGCCAUGCACAGAAGAUGAAAAUAAAUUUUGCCAAGUCAUGGACUAAAGGAGCCUCCCCUGCAGAAUCUCAUGCUUUGGAUCUACACAGAUCUUUCUAGAAACUUACCUUCAUUUUACAAACCACAUGCCUGUGAGCAGUCUGGAACUGUCCUGUAUAGUCUUCCCUAUGUUAUUUAACAAAUUGUUUUUGCACAUACCUGAUACUUUUGGGGACAGUUUCUUAUAUUCCAGUUUUAAACAUUGCUGUAGUAGACAACACACAUUCUUCUUUGUACAGGUCCUGGUAACAUUUCCCUGUCCAGUAAUACCCAUUGUGGGGACUCUGGCCAGAGGACACUGCAUGUUAAAGGCCCAUUUGCCAUACGCAUGCGAAAAGGCAAUGACUCAGCAGUAUCACUGUACUGUGCAGGCGCACCCUUAUAUAACCUACUUAUGUUCAUGUAGCACAGAUGUCACUAAUUGGCAGGAGGCCUCUUUUGUUUGAGUGAGUAUAUAAGGUGCCACUGACCAGGCAGUUGUCUGCUUUGUUUGCAAUAAAGCAUGACCCGUCUCCCUAU